AUGGUACACGCGUUUAUAAGCUCUGGCAUCCUGGGAAGUCAGUAUCUGGGCUUUGCUGAGGCUGCUAAGAUUGGCAAUGUUGGUGACAAAUAUAUUGACAAAAGUGAGGCACUGGCAUCUUGAAUAUCGUUUAUAUCUUCUAAAUUUUUGUAAAACAUGAUAAGUGCUAUCCAUCUACCCAAAACCCCAAUUCAAAUUUUGAGGGCUGGGGACAACAUACCCCAUAUAAGCUUUCCAUGAAUGGGAAUGGUAUUGCAAUUUCUUGAUUUAUUUUUUUCGGACAUAGUUUUUCUGACUUAAUUUUGCCUGUAAAAUGUUCAGUUCUACUUUAGGGUUAUGUCUUGAUACAUAUGGUAUAAGAGAUUUAUGUAGAUGUCAUUGCUUUGUAGUGUAUCACAAAAUGGGCUACAUCGGCACAGUAACUAGAACUGUAGAAGACUCACUGUUAGAGAAGAUAAGUGAAGCCCGUAACAAGGAUUCAUAUCACAAAAACAAUGGUGGAGUAAGUCUGGUUGUGACCUCAACACUUUCACUUUUACAAUAACUUGUAACUUACCACAUCUACAAUUUAAACAAUAUUUUAUAUACACCUUGUUAUCAGACUGUCAUCACUGAUUGCUGCCAUGACUCAACAGCCAAUGCUUACUAUUUAACCGCUACAAUAUUAUCUUAUGAGUAAGUAUAUUCACUUUAAAGCCAGUGACAUAAGAAGGGCUGAAUUAACAAUUUACUUUUACACUAUAUUUAUCACAUCAAAUAAUAUAUUCUUUUGACAGAACCAAACAGUUGUUAGCAACUCAGACAGUGACUAAGGAAGAGUUUCGUAGUUCACAGACUCAUGAGUUUGAGGCAAUGAAAAAGAUUAUCGCCACAGUUCAGGCAACAGGUACCAUGAAUAUUUAAUUUCCUGCACCAUGCAUUACACACUGCUGAGGUCAUUAUGACAUCAGUGAAUACCAUCCAAUUUUGGGAAACUGCUUUGAAUUAAAAGGCAUAAUGUAAUUAUUAGCCCUUAUUCAAUAAUAUUGUUAUUAAUAGAAAGCUCCUUAUGUUACCAUAAAUGGUGAUUUAACUGCUGAUGUGGUAGUGAGAGGUUUUUACCUUCAUUUUAAAUGAUUUUAUUUAAAAGGGAUCUCACGUUGUUUACUAAAUUUAUAAUUUCUUCCUUCAGGCCUCAGUGUAAGAGAAGUUGCUCAUGAUCUUGUACCAAAAAUCAAGAACUGGCUGUUGACCCAAAACAUACAGAAUUCAUUUGACACUUGGCAUGGUAAAAUACUAUUUUUGCUGUGUCCUAGAUCCCAUUAUAGCUGUAGAGAACACAAAAAAAAGCUUAAGUUUGAUAAUAUAUACAUUUCUUUCACUUUUUCUGUUUUCUUGAUAUGGAUCAAUUCCCACGCUUUGACAUUUUGUCAGUCUAACCAGUGAGCUAAUGACUCUUCUAUCUCUGUUGCCACUUUUCAGGAACAAAGGGCGUGGCCAAAGCCAUAAAAGAAAUAAGUAGUGCUGCACAGAAGUGGGAGGGGAAAAAGUUGUUUGAAGAAAUCUGAGCUAUCUCAGCGUAAGUGAUAGCAGCUUAUUGUUUGCUUUCUUAAAACUGUAAAUAAUAGGCUUAAAUGUUAUUGCUGCUUUCCUCUAAAACACCAUUUCUUGUUUGUAAAUGAUAAGACCUUUAUCAUCACAUUUUCAGAGGCAAGUGUGAAGCGCCAUUUCUACUACACUAUGAAGAACUGCUCAAGUCCAGAUGAUCUGAGGCGAAGGCUCUUGACUAAAGUAGAUCACUACCAGGUUUGAAUAGUACUGUAGAUGAAUGCUUCAUGUCUUUGUUACAUUCAAAACUUUCUAGCAUAAAUAACACAAAAAAGAUAGGACAUGUUCUGUGUGGUUGUAGUAAUAGCUUUGCACUAUACUUAGACUAAUGCUUUCCAUUUCAGAGCAAUCACACCCACUGUGAUCCUGAAUCCAAAUGUAAAAAAAAACCCUGAGUAUAGGUGCAGUAAAGUAAAACUCACUGAUUCAGGUGCAAUAGCAGUACUGCAAAAAUUCAUCUUGGAAUCAAGAGUCUACAAACUUGCUGAAGACUACUACCUGGUAAUGCAGAAAUCAAUAUUACUACAUUCCUUUUAUAUAAUUCCUAAAAACUAACAUCGAGGGAUAAAAAAAACAUUCAUUAGGGUAGAAAACUAAAAAGUGGUCUAUGUGAACCUGGUUGUUUAAUGUUUUAAACACUCAUGUAAUAUCUAUUUAUUUAUAGUGCCAUGACACUUACUGGGUAGAAUCCUUCAACAAUGUUAUCCUUAUCUACUUGUAUAAUGAUGUCAUAAUAAUAUAA